AUGACUCGCAGUCAAAACAUUCGUGUCUACCGUGCAUGCCAGCGGUGUCGCCAACGGAAGCUCAAAUGUGACCAGACAAACUUGUCCGAUAGGUCCUCAUGCUUGCAGUGUCUCCGUGCCGGAGAUGAAUGUGUUCUUGCCGGAUCGCGGCGCGGGGGCGACUUCUCCAGGUUUCGACAGUCGCGGCAAAAGCAAAACUCUUUGCCAUCCCUUAGCGGAUCUGGAAUAGAGCACAAGUCAAGCGGUCGACAGAAUAGAGACCCAGUGAAAGGGGACGAAGAUCCUAUCUACGCCGAGUUAACUAAUCCGGGUGAUGCACUCCAGAUCCUUGCCCGACUUGCAGCGAACGACACCCAGGCUCCUAACAUCCCGACCAACUCCAUGGCCUCGGAUCCCUUCACGGGGCACUGCUCCUUGAAUGGAGCACCGAUGGUGACCUCCUUUGCAGGUAAUACGAUGAAUCUCAUACAGCCCCCGGCGUCGCAAUCGCCGCUUUCCGAAACGGAGACAUUGGUGAUCGGCGUGUUAGGUACAGACACUGUGAAUCUUCUAGUCCAGCAGUGCGAAACCUUCGCCCCUCGCAAAUAUGUACCAUCUGACUCGCUACCUUUCCUCCUAACAGUCAUUCUGACAAUUGCGUCCAAAGACGAGAUCGCGUACCGAAACAUCCACCAACUUUGCUGGAAAUAUUUAAAGCGACAUUUGCUAGACGUACUCCUCGCUACGCCAUCGACACUGAGAGUUGGCUCGGUCGAGGGCCUCUUGCUUCUCGCGGAGUGGGUUCCUUACCUGCAGCUCGAAACAUGUUCCUAUCCCAACAUGUUCCCCAGGAACUUAAGUGCCUCACUUAUUGGACAGGCAGUGAGGCAUUCUUAUCUGCUCCGUCUAGACAAGGCGUCUUUCCGGGAGACGUCGAUUGGAGAGACGCAGGAACUGGAGAAUCGAAAGCUGCUAGCAUGGAUAUUUGUAUACAUAUCUGACCGACAAAUCUCCGUCCGAAUGGGACAGUCUUUUUGGACACGCGGUCCAUCUCUCUCCACCAACUUCACAGCGAACGACUUUCCAAGUCUACAGCUCAGAGCAGACGCAGAACAUAAAUAUGCACACGUAUUACAAGCUACUAUAGAGCUCACUCAACUACUUCACAACGUGCACGACACUUUAUACGCAUCCAAAGAGCGAAGAGCCCAGAUGGUCCGACGAGGAGACUAUAAUCGCUAUCUGGACGAUUUCCGACACUCUAUCUCGGCGUGGGAAGGACGUUGGGAUAGUCUCGAGGCAUCUCCAAAGCUGAACUGCACAAUGCACAUAUUCAAGGAGUAUGUCCGUUUGUAUGCUAGUGCUUUCUCUUUCCAGUCGCUUCUUUCUAGGGCUGUGCAGCCCAGCCGAAGAGAACCAGUUCCGACAGCAUCGGGGCGAAAGGGCGCUAUCUCGCUGUUCCCACGGGGUAUCAUGUCUGCUCCAGAGGGCUCAUAUAUUCUCGAGUCAGUAGAUGCCGCCCGGAAGAUUCUGGCAAUAGCUGUCCAGACAAGCUCUGAAGCACAGAUUCGCUAUAUGCCGUUUCGCUUUUACGUAUAUACCGUCUACUCUGCUGUCUUUUUAUACAAAGCAGACGUCUUUGGUGCCCUAGUGAGUACUGAGUAUGCCGAAAUUGCCCACUUAGUACAGCAAUUUAUACAAGCACUCGAAGAAGCUGCGCUUAGUGAUUGCCAUGUUGCUAGUCGUUUUGCAAGUCUGCUAAAGCGUAUGUGGGUUUCCGGCAGGCCGUGCUCUUCUCCGGGGAGAACUGCAUCCUCCGACGCUUUAAACAACAUCAAUCGUCUCCGACAGCCAACACAGCAUUUCGAACUUCCCCAGAAUUGCGAUGUGGUCGAUGAGCAGAGUUUUCGUAAUGCGGCAUUUGACACACAGCUUCCUGAACCCUUCUUCAUUCCCACACCGGACUUUAGUUUAUUCUGUCCGGAAUUCUCAAGUUUGGAGUCGGAACUGGUUGAACUUGGCGUGGGCUCUCUGAGUUACCCAGUAUAA